GUAUAAAAGGGAUAUCCUACUCCCCAUACACACGUCUGAGAGCUUCUGUCAUAUCGAGUUUUGGCAGAAGAUGGAGUUACCAAAGUGUGCCUUGAUUCUAGCAACAAUAGUAGUUGCUUUUUCUAUUUCCUUUGCCCAAAAUGAAGGAGGUAGUCAAGUAAGUGUCCACCAAGUGGAGGUACUGAGAGGUAGGGAUGGGAGAGAUGGAGUGAGAGGUCCAGCUGGACCAUCUGGUCCACCUGGACCUACAGGAGUGGGCGGAGAUAAGGGAGAGAAGGGAAGCGAGGGACCAGCAGGGAGAGAGAGGGAUAACGGGACCUCGGGGAAUUGUGGGUCUCAAGGGGAUGACUGGAAGCAAGGGAGACGGUGGAGACCCUGGUCAGCCUGGACCUCAGGGACCUCAGGGAGGAACUGGUGACAAAGGUGAUCGCGGGGACACUGGACUCCCUGGACCUCAGGGACCACUAGGAGCCCCAGGUCCUCUUGCCAUGGGAGGAGCUGUCUAUGUUCGCUGGGGGAGGACUGUUUGUCCCAGUGGCCAGGGAACUGAGCUGGUGUACUCUGGGAGAGCUGGAGGGAGUCGAUAUGAUCACCAAGGAGGGGGUGCCAACCAUCUCUGUAUGCCAGAUGAUCCUGAGCACUUGCAGUUUACUAGUGGAGUACAAGGAUACAGCUACAUGUAUGGAGUGGAGUAUCUACCAAGCUCUCAACCGUUACAAACUGUUCAAAGCCACAACGUUCCAUGUGCUGUGUGCCAUGUCACAACACGGGCUACACUGUUGAUGAUUCCUGCUAAAGUCAACUGCCCCACAAACUGGACCACAGAGUACACUGGAUACUUGAUGACUGAAUACUAUGGUUAUCAUCGUUCCACAUAUUAAUGUGUGGACAAAGAUCCCGAAUCCGUUGCUGGACUUAAUGGUUCUACUACUAUAGAGCUCUCCUCUACCAUGUGGAACCCCAUUGUACUGGGUUGUCCUGUCCACCAUAUGAUAGUGAGAAGGAGCUCACCUGUGUGGUGUGCUCUCAUUGAAAACUUCCAUCAAUAAUAUACAUACUGUGUACUUCGUUUGACGAUGAUUAUCUCAUGC